AUGUCGGUUGCGAUCUCCUCUUUAGCGUCUUUUUCGUCGCUGGAUAAUCCGCGGUCGCUCGAGUCGUCGGUGUUACAUCCAGCAUCGCAGCAAAGCGAUGUGCACCCAUUGACACUCGAGCGGGACGAGAAGAAUCUGGGCAAGCCGGAUCUUAGCCUCGUAAGGACGCAAUCGAACCAGGUCAACGAGCCUAACGUCGCGGAUUACGUGCCCUACUCACGGUUUGGCACAAAAUCCAAGAUGGGACUCGUGAUGCAAUGUGCCUUCACUGGGUUCUUCUCUACGAUCGCAGCGUCGAUCUACUUCCCAGUGCUGGGCGUCGUCCAGAGGAAAUUCCACAUCUCAGAGGAACAGGUCAACAUGACAGUGGUCGUGUACUACAUCUUCCAAGCCUUGUCACCCACGCUUAUGGGCGGGCUUGCAGAUUCCCUCGGGAGACGGCCCGUCGUCCUGUCCUCAGUUAUCAUAUACUUCUGCGCGUGCGUUGGGCUCGCACGGUGCAACACAUACGCACAGAUAAUCGCACUGCGUUGUGUACAGGCAGCUGGAAUCUCCCCCGUGAUUGCGAUCAAUUCCGGGAUGAUGGGGGAUGUCACGACCAAGGCCGAACGUGGUGGGUACGUCGGGUACGUGUCUGGGUUUCAAGUAGUGGGUACCGCGACAGGGGCCGUGUUCGGUGCCCUGCUGUCAUCCCGUUGGGGUUGGAGAUCCAUUUUUUGGUUCCUAGCCAUUGGGUCUGGUGCAUGCAGUAUAGUGUCUUUGUUGUUGCUUCCCGAAACGAAACGGACUAUUGUUGGGAAUGGGUCUGUAACACCGAAGAGCAUCUACAAUUACUCGCCGAUACUGAGAUUACCGCCAGUUAGGAAACAACUUCACUUGGAUGACCCAGACUACCAGACUUUAGAACCCCAUGUGAAGGUAAGUCUACUGGCACCGCUCGGCGUGUUGAAGAUCCCGGAGAUUGCACUUCUGCUCUUUGUCUCCGGUGUACAGUUCGCCACUUGGACGACCCACCAGACCGCGCUGACCAAUGCCUUGGGGAACAAAUACCACAUGAAGGUCAUCGACAUCGGUGUCUGCUUCCUACCAUCCGGUAUUUGUACGAUGGCAAGCGUCAUUCUCUCAGGCCGUUACUUGAACUGGACUUACAGAAGGAGAAUGGCAAACCACAAAGCUUGGUUGAAGACACAGGAGGAACAACUACUCGUGGAACACCAAGAUCUAUCAAAAGUACGCGAGAUAAUGUUGAACGAUUCAUAUUACGUCUUCAACAUAUACAGGGCACGUCUGGAACCGGCACUGAUCACUUUGCUUCUCAGUUCCGCCGGGUUCAUAAGUUUCGGAUGGUGUAUCUCCGUUAAGGCCCCUCUACCGGCCGUUUUGGUCAUGAGCGGGUUCUCAUCGCUGUUUUCCAACUCUAUCUUGACGAUGUCGAUGACGCUUAUUGUCGACUUGUUCCCAGCAAGAGCCUCCACGGCAACAGGCUGUUUGAACUUGGUCCGGUGCGCGCUAUCGGCGAUAUUCAUUGCGUGUCUGAGCAGGAUGGCUCGCAAGAUGAAAUUCGGAGGGCUGUUCACGUUUCUGGGCUGUCUAACUGCGUGCAGCUCGUGCUUGCUACUGAUCUUGGUCAAAAAUGGGAAGAGACUCACUUUUGAGCGCAGAAGAAGCGAUGAGAAGCAUGCCGCGAAGCAAGCCGCUGCAAAGAACGAUUCGAAAGUGUGA